AUGAAGGCCAACAAAAUUGGAGAUAUUGACCACGAAGAUUCGUUUGGUCACAAUCCAAAGAAUAAGCAAGGAUAUGGUAGGUUGGGAGUUCCUACCCCCAGCCAGUAUGGGAAGUCAUUACCUAAGACAGUCACCAAACCUGUGGUUAUAUACGCAGUGGUCAACGACGACUUUAGUAAAAUCAAAAUCAAGCCCUUGAGCUUUCGAAUCUAUUCCCACAACGUGAAGAAUGGUGGGCAUGAUAUCCUAGUACCUGGUGAAGAAGUAUGGGGAGAUAGAUAUAGAAAGAUCACCAACUCCAUCCGGUUUAAUGCCAGGUCAAACACCAUUGUGACGCUUCAGGAAGUGUAUAAGUUUCAAAUUCUUGACAUAAUGGAUGAAUUGAACCGAUUUUCAUCCAAAGAUGCGCCCGAAUGGGCCUAUUAUGCCAAAGGAAGAAUCGACGGUGAAGAUACCGGCGAGUUUGUGCCCAUCUUGUACAGACCCUCUGAAUGGGAAGCGGUCUUUGAAGACACUAUUUGGUUGAAUGACAAAAAUGAAAGAAUGUCCCUAGAAGGAUGGGAUGCAAAAUAUUUGAGAAUACUCACAUUCGCAACCUUUAAGCACAAACAGACAGGAAACUACAUUAAUGUGUUCAACACCCACCUAGAUCACGUGGGAGAGAUGGCCCGUGCCGGAUCGGCUGAAGUGAUUGUUCAGAAGAUCCAAGAAAUCAACAAAUGGCCCUCAUUUUUGUGUGGAGACUUGAACAAUGAACCCAAGGGUGAACCAUACAAUAUUUUGACCAAACACUUGAUUAACAGUGCCAAGCAUACGACACCUUUCAACCACUUUGGGCAUGUCAAGUCCACUGUGACAGGGUUCGAAGGGGAAGUGCUCAGUGCCGGUGGCCAGAACAUUGACUAUAUAUUUGCUCCUUCCUACACCAAGAAAGUCACCCACAACGUGAACUGUGCAGAUACUGACAAAUACUCCAAGGAUCCUGCCGACAAGCUUCUUUUACGACUUGAUCAGUUUGGAAUGCUCCAUUCCAAGUAUAAUGGUGUUUACAUGAGCGACCACCGUCCGUUGGUGGCCGAUUUCAGUUUAUCUGGUAAGUGUUGA